AUGGAAAGAGGGGAGAAGAGGCGGGGAGAACAGGUGACGCGGUCAGAGGGGAAGGUGAGGAUCGGGAAGGUGCUGACCGAGCGGCCAGAGCCGGUGUCGGACGAGAAGGUGCAGGGUGAGAAGACAGCGAGAGGCGAGCAGGGCCCUCGCGGCGAGGGGAACGCCGCUGCGGAGGAGAGAGCCCGGGGCCAAGAGCGGCUCGCCAGGGAGAAGGGGCGGGGCGAGGAGAAGGGGCGGGGCCUCCAGAAGGGGCGGGGCGAAGGGCCGGCGCCGGAGGAGCGGCCCGCCCCCGACGCGGGGAAGGGGCGGGGCGACCCGAAGCCGGCGGGGGAGCAGGGGCGGGACAAGGAGAGGAAGCAGAGGGAGGAGCAAGCGGCCGGCAAGAGACAGGGGCGGGGCCAGGGGAAGGGGCGGGGCGUGGAGAAGACCCGGGAGGAGCGCGCGGGGCGGGGCCAGGCCAGGCUGGAGCAGGGCCGGAGAGAACAAGAGGGGCUCCCUCAAAGCGAGACCCAGAAGCCGGGACUGGGCGAAGAGAGGGGGCGGGGCCCAGAGCAGGGGCGGGGCCAAGCUAAGGGGAGAGGCGAGGAGGCGGAGCGAAACGGGGCUCUGGAGCACGACCGCGGCCCGGAGCGUCAGUAG